UUUCUCUUUCGAAAGUGAAGUAAUUUUUCCACAAAUUUUUGGUAGAUUUAUUCAGUUCAUUGUAUGGAGAAAAACCAUUUUGCUUGCAACAGUUACACGGACAUCAUUGUUUCAAUAAAAAUGAAUUCGAACGGCAUUGCGAAAAGUGGAAAAUUGAUGCACGCAAAACGAUUUGCCGGUGCUCUACUCAACAAUUUAAACAAACAGAGAGGCGAUUCCAUGUUAUGUGAUGUAGACUUUGUUAUCGGCCCGCAUCAGAAAAAAAUCUCAGCUCAUCGCUGCAUAAUGUCAGCAGCAAGUCCGUACUUCACGGCAAUGUUUGCCAGUAACUUCAAUGAAGCAAAGCAACGUGAAGUGAUCAUUCAAGACGUAAAUGCUGAUGACUUUGAACUGCUUGUGGAAUUUUGUUACUCGGCUACGAUCCACAUAACCAAUGAAAAUGCAAAAAGGAUAUUACAAGCGGCACAUUGUUUUCAGUUUGCUGAAGUGAUCAGCGCUUGUUGUCAGUAUUUGAAAGGUGUAAUGAAUCCGUCGACCAGUUUGGGCAUUGCUAAUCUGGCUGAAUAUUUGGACUUGAAAGAUCUGUAUCAGUCAGCUAUCGAGUUUACACAUGAAAACUUUGCAGCUGUAUCAAAGUACGAAGAAUUUGCGUUGUUAGAUGUGCAAAUGUUGUCGAAUUUACUGAAUAGAAAUGAUUUGGUCGUUCGUGCUGAAGAGGAUGUCUUUCGAGCGAUGUUAACGUGGAUUCGAUAUGACACAGAUGAACGAGAAAAAUUUACCGGAGAUUUGUUGAAAAUGAUUCGCUUGACUCAUUUAAACGUUGCGUCCACGAUUGACGAUCUCAAAAUUCUGUCGCCAACGGUGGAAAGUAAGAAUUUACUGAUUGAUGCGUUAAUCGGUCAAUUGGUUCCGCAAAGGCGACGUGAAAUCGAGAGCCAUGGAGUAUCAACUAAGUCACGGAAAUAUACGGACGAGUCGAAGGUAAUUGCUAUUGGAAAUAGAAAUUUUUUAACGGAAAAGACUGCAAUCGAAGUCUACAAUCCGGGCGACAAAAAAUGGACGGUCGUGAGAACGUUUGACAAAAGAUUGAACUUUGCCGCCACUAUCAUGAACAACAAAUUAGUCAUUGCAGGUGGUCAAAGAGCUAAUGGAGAGGUUCUAAAUUCUGUUCUGAUGUAUGACUUGAAAACGUUCGAGCUAGCAAAACUACCACCGAUGAACGAAAAACGAUACUCGUUCGAAGUGUGUUUUCUGGAUGGUUAUCUUUACGCAGUGGGCGGCUGGUCAACAAAAACCGUUGAAAGAUUCUGUUUCAACGAAAAUGUAUGGCGGUUCAUAGCUCCACUUGUACCGCAAAGACGAUGCUUUUCUGCAUUAGUGUACAACAACCGAUUAUAUGUUGUUGGAGGAAAAACAGGGGAAAAUGGUCCUUCACUGAAUCGAGUUGAUUAUUUUGACCCGGCAAAGAAUAAAUGGAUAUCAGGAACACCGAUGGCAUUCGAUCGUAUCCGUCCAACUCUAUCCGAGAGUAACGGAUUUUUAUACGUUUACAGUGCAAAUUACUUGGAACGUUACGAUCCUUCGGUGAAUUCAUGGAUGAUCCACUCCAUUCCGAUGUUUUCACGCCGUUAUCACAACCGAUUUCUAUUGAAUACAAAUUUAAUUUUGAUUGGACAAAAUGAUGAGGUCGAAGUGGACGAAAAUAGCAUUGAAGUGGAAGAGUUUGAAGAAAUCGAAGACGAGGAGGACGACGAAACGGUCGAAGAAGAUGUGCCCAUCGAAAGAAUUGUCGAGAAUUUCGUUAAUCGAAACAAUGAAGUUAACGUACCGCCACAACCGGUCGAAAGAAUCGUAAAUCAGCAGCCAGAUAUCCAACCUCGCGCUCAACCGAAUCAUGACGAAUUCGAUGAAAAGUUCAUUAAAAGGUAUUGCCUGGAAACUGGUACAAUAACGCAACUGCCAUUAAUGAAUGUAAUCCGUAAAAUUGAAUUUUUCAUCCAAUUUCCGAAUGAAAUUUAGUGCAGCUGAUGUGAAAUACAUAACUUCAGUCAGUUAUAAAAUAAAUAAGAAACUGAAUGAUGCAACAC